CAAAUGUAAAGAGAAUUUUUGGAAUUUGUUGUUGCGGUUUCUGAACGAGGGUGGUAAACAUGUUGCAAGUAUGAACACGAUAUGAAUAAAUAGUUAUUAUUAAAGUCAAGUAAAAUGAGAAGCAUCAAAGCAAAGCUUAGGAAACCUGCAACAACAAGCAAGGAUGAUUGGAGCAAAGUUGACCAGCGUAUAUGGCAUUCAGUAGCUGUAAAUCAACCGGCAAAACUUGCGUCAAAGCUUGCUAAACAUGAAAACGUAAACGUGAAUAAAAUGUGCCCAAGUGUUGGGUAUUCGGUGCUGCAUUACGCUGCUGCUAAAGGAUUAGACGAUUGCUUGAAUGUUCUGCUUGCUCACAAAGCUAAUGUUGCUAUUCGUGAUGUAACAGGUGCCACUCCCUUGCACGCGAGCGCUCGUUAUGGUCACAAGGGGGCGACAUUGAAGCUGCUUGCGUCGCGCACCGUUGAUGUGAACGCAGCAGACGCUAAUCGAUGCACUGCUUUGCAUUUUGCUGCAUUCGAAGGUCACUUGGAGUGCGUCAAGUUACUUGAAGAAGCCAAUGGAAUCAACAUACAUUGUCUGGAUAAGGAGGGCAGAACUGCCUUAAUGGUAGCAUCAGCUAUGGGUCAACUACAUGUAUGUAGUGAACUUAUACAAAGUGGAAUAGAUGUCAAUCAUAAAGAUUCAAGCAAACUACAACACUCAGCGUUAACAUUGGCUGCCGAAGCCGGACAUUCAGAUGUGGUUCGGCUUCUGUGCGAGAACGGGGCGAGCUACACGACCCCCCUCACGGACGGGAGGAACGCGCUGGAUGUUGCGAGGAGCAGAUCACGAAGAGGAGUGGUCGAUGUCCUUCAUAUUAUGCAACUAACCGACGCUGCUAAGAAGAAUGACAGAGAUUCCCGUUUAAGCACGAGUAGCAUCUUGUCAUCGAACGCACCAUCUGAGAAUAAAACAUCACGCAAGUCAAGUCAAGUUGACCCUCCUGUUCAUGUGGAUGGGGUUCCUUACAUUGAUGAAAUAGCUGUUGGAACUCAUCAUAAUAUGCAAACUAAGGAGGAUAAACAACCAGAUACCAAAUCUGAAUCAGGUCCAGCUCUAUCAAUAUACAACGACUCAAAGAACAUGAGCCAUCUGUACGACCGUGAAGUCAGUUUAUACGACAGUAAGAGCACCCUGGCGUCAGUGUCUUCACUAGAUGUCUCUCAAGAGACGAGUCGCACACAAUCUCCAAGUUUGGUGCGACUAAAUUUAGAUCGUUCAAAAACCAUGGAGUGUGAGGUGGUGGAACAAGUGGAGGUUAAGGAGCUUAUGAAGGAGGUGGAAGCUUUGAAACGAUCGAACGAGAAAAGUGAAGCUUUGGUGCAGUCACUAAAAACGGAAAAUAAAUCGCUGACUCAUGAUUUGGAAAAUGCAAAAGAAAGGCAAAAAUCUCUUAAUCACGAAUUGGAAAAGUCAAACGAGAAACAAAAAUCAUUGGUCAACACUGCAAAAGCUGAGCGGAAAAAAUUAGAAGCGCAACACUGCGUUAACAAACAGAAUGAAGCAGAAAUUGAGAAGUUAAAUAAAGAAGUUGAAAAUUUGAAAAUAAAAUCUACACAACUGGAUGAAGAGUCCCUGAAAACGGAAAACAAGUCGCUGGCUCAGGAAUUGGAAGAGGCAAAACAAAGACAAAAACUGCUUAGUCAGGAAUUAGAAAAUUCUAAUGAGAAACAAAAAUCCUUGGUCAACACUGCAAAAGCUGAACGGCAGAAAUUAGAAGCGCAACACUGCAUUAACAAACAGAAUGAAGCAGAAAUUGAGAAAUUAAAUAAAGAAAUGGAAAAUUUAAAAACGAAAUCUACACAACUGGCUGAGGAGAAUGUCCGUGUUUCUGAGGAAAAAGAAAUGGAAAUCUCAUAUUUCCAUGACCUGCUGGAAGAAUCGCUGCAAAAAGUUGAAUUGAAUGAAAUAAGUGAUGAUUAUGAAGAAAAUCUGAAUCUUAUUAUUCAAGAAAUUCAUCAGUUGAGACAGGGAAAGAUUAAGAAAGUUGAAACACUUGAAGAAAAGAAACUUGAAUUAAAUGAUUUAAAUAAACAGCUGACUCAGCAAAAAGAUGAAAUCGAAAUUUUGCGACAAAAAGUUACAGAUUCGCAGGAAGAUUGCGAAAAACUUGGACAAGAAAAAUCAAAACUAGAAUUAGAAUUACAAGUCACAAAGGCAACAGCACAAGACGCAAGGGAAAGUUGGCACGAGCGAGAACUCCGUUAUAUUGAAGAUGAGAAGAAAUGGCACACGCUGCUCAAAGAACAGAAAUAUGAGAAUACAAAGUUAAGGGAGAAGAUGAAAGGAUUAAAAUCUGAUUUAUCCGAGGAUCAGAAGAAAGCAAGGAAGAUGUGGGAAGAAGGGGAGGAGUUGCUCAAGUCACAGAUGGCUGACCUCCAAUCAAAGCUCGAGGAUGCGAGGGUUAAAUUUGAAUCGGCCAAUCACAAGCUACUAGAAAGUGAAAAGAUGGUGAGUGAACUACGAGUUGAAAGAAAUCAACGCGAGGCAAAAAUCGCGGAGCUUGGACAGGAGCUCGGGAAGUUCGAGAACCAGAAAAAAGAGAACGAGGUUGAGAGCAAUCAGGCGCGACAGCAACUCACUGAAGCGAAACAACGAUGUUCGGAGCUCUCCGAGGAAGUAUCUAGCUUGCGAGCCAACAUAAAGGAAUUGAAUGGAAAACUGGCCUCACUUGAUUUACAAUACGGCAAAGUUGAACAUGAGAAAAUAAACUCUAUGAACCAACAAUUGGAAACCCUUUGUCUGCAUAUUCAGGAAUCUGAAAGAAAAUACAACCAAACCAUAUCAGUGUAUCGACGCCAUUUACUACGAGCUGCUAAGGGCGACUUACAUCCUCAAGUUAUGCACGCUUGUAAAGAAAUAAUUAAACUGCAGAACGAAUCCACAUCCAAUGAGGAGACAAUUUAAUUAACAUUCCGAUUUUAUUUGUGCUGCUUUCAUAUAUUUACGUCAUGGUACUAUCCUAUUAAUAUGCAUUUUAUAGUGUUUUAUAGCAAUGCUGUAUUUUUAGCUAUUUUAUUUAAAAGCCGGUACUGGUCGCAAUAAAAAUGCACUAAAUUAAA